AUGAAGGAAUUACCCAUACUUAAACAUAAAAAGGAAAUUAAAAAAUGCAUAAAAAAAAACAAGUUAAUUAUUAUUAAGGGUGAAACCGGAUGUGGAAAAACAACUCAGGUACCACAAAUCAUAAAUGAAUAUUUUUUUAAUAAGAGACACAAAUGGAAAAAGAAUCAAAGCAAUUUCCACACGAUUGAUGGUAAUGGUAGGACGAUUGGGGAGGAAGCUAGUGAAAAAAGAGAUAAGAUAAAAGAAGAUGUGAAAAAGAAACCGUUUAAGAUGCUCAUCUCAUUGCCAAGAAGAGUAGCAACUAUCACUGUUGCAGAAAGAGUGGCCAAAGAGAUGAAUAGAGGAAGUAUCGGUAGUUAUGUCGGUUAUGCUAUACGAUUUAAAAAUGUUACAUCUGAAGAAACAAGAAUUAAAUUUGUUACAGAUGGAAUUCUGAUUAGAGAAAUUAUGAACGAUUCGUUGUUAAAAAAAUAUAAGUUUUUAAUUUUGGACGAAAUUCACGAGAGAUCUAUUAGAACCGAUGUUCUACUAGGAUAUGUUAAAAUACUAAUGCAAAAGAGAAAGAAAUUAAGAAUUAUUCUUAUGUCCGCUACAUUCGACAUAGCCACAUUUAACAACUUCUUUAUAAAUCCACCUAUUAUAUCAAUUCCUCACAAACUGCACAAGGUGAGUAUUUUUUACCCAACAAAACCUGUAGAAGAUUAUCUUCUCUCAGUUGUAUGCACUAUUUUGCAAAUCCACUUUGGCUAUGUAGGAGACGAUGGGGAAAGGAAUGAAUGGCAAAAGGAGAAGAAUAACGCAGGAAAGAAAAAUGACGAUGAGAAAAAUGCAGACAUGGGAGACAUUCUAGUUUUCCUUCCAGGACAGGAAGAAAUUGAAAUAGUAAAUAUAAUGCUUAAGGAGAAACUUAAAAUAAUUUACAAAGGUUCUCUUCUCAAAAAGUUAAUGAAAGAUGAAAAAGAAAACGUAGAAGAAAGUGACAUUUUAAGUAAGAUAAACGUCGCAUUAAAUGCAGAAAAUCCAAUUGAAGAUGGUAUUUGCUUCCAUUUCGGUCAAAGAGAAAUAAUUCCAGAGAGGAUAUAUCCCAUGAAGAUUCUACAGCUGUACUCAUCUCUACCCAACAAGAAACAGAGGAUCGUAUUUGAACCAGCACCUCACAACACACGGAAGGUCAUUCUUAGCACGAAUAUUGCUGAAACAUCGGUGACCAUUCCGAACAUAAAGUAUGUGAUAGACAGCGGUCGCGUGAAAAUAAAAUUUUUCGACUCCAAAAAGGGAAGCAAUGUUUUGAAAGUGACACAAAUUUCGAAGGAUUCAGCCGUUCAGAGAGGCGGAAGAGCUGGAAGAGAAGGUCCGGGACAUGUCUACAGAAUUUACACAUUGGAGGAGUAUGAAUGUAUGAGUCCAUUUUUAAUUCCAGAGAUUUUCCGCUCAGAUCUUACACAGAUAUAUUUGGAACUGAAGGCCAUGAAUAUACAUAAUCCACUUGAAUUUGAUUUCCCAGAGAAUCCAAAAAAAGAACUACUCAUACAUUCAGCAAAAGUGUUGUUUAGAAUAAAUGCAAUAGAUGUGAAUAAUAACCUAACUGAACAUGGCAAAAAAUUGUGUCUUCUGCCAUUGAGCCCAAUAUAUGCGAACAUGAUGUUAUGUUCGGUUGAAUUUAAUUGCAUAGACGAAAUUGCUACCAUCGUGGCACUCUUAAAUUGUGAUAGCAUAUUUCUUAAUUACAACUUUUACGAGGAUAUGAAAAUUAUAAAUGAUGAAUCGUUUGGCAGCUCCAAGGCGGAUCCGGUUAAAGGGUCAAGUGCAAACAAUACCAUUUCGAAUGCCUCUCAUAAUAGCACUUCUACCACAGCAAACAUUACUAAUGUUGCUAAUCCCAAUAAGAUGACUUGCACGGCUUCCAAUCAGUAUGAAGAGCAGGAGGAACCCAACAUAAGCGACAAGAGCAAAUUGAUCAACGUGGCCAGGAGAAAAUUAAUGCACCCAGAUGGUGAUCACCUAACUCUCCUGCACAUCUUUUAUUUGUGGCAAGAAGAGUCUACUCCGAAAGAGAGGAAACAUUUCUGUAACAUUUAUGCAUUAAAUAAUGAAACAUUGCAACAAGCAGAAAAAAUAAAAGAGCAAAUUUUAGAAAUAAUGACAAAUAAGAUGGGGAUAAAAGUAUCGCAAAAAUUACAUAUGCACAAAUGGGAUCAGAUUCUAAUUUGUUUGUGCAAAUCUUGUUUUUUUAAUGUAGCUAGAUCAACAUCAAAUCCAAAUGAAUUUAUAAAUUUGGUUAGCAAAACCAAGUUGUAUAUUCACCCGUCCUCUACUCUUUUUAGUUCCUUUAUCAAACCAUCCUUUAUUUUCUAUUCGGAUGUUGUAAAAACCAAGCGAUUGUAUGCUAGAACCGUAACGAAAAUAGAUGUCAGCUGGCUACUCAAAUAUUCCUCUCAGAAUUUUCAGCUAGUUCAAGAUUCUUCUAAAGGUUCAUCUUAA